AUGGGAUGCCAAUGCUCUAAAUAUGAUAAGCAUGCAGAAGCCAGAAUUGACUUUAUUGAACCCUUUACUGAAGUUGUAAAAAACCAAGCAAAAGAAUAUCCUGUUUUAGUAUAUUCCCGAUCAUUAUGUGAGCAAUCUAUGGUAACAAAGUCUUUACUUACUUUACUUAUUGAUUAGCGAGCAAAAACAUUAAAAAAACCUUAUUUUGAGGCUUUCAUUAGCUAGUACCAAGAAUUUUUUAAUAUAAUUUUUUUUGUAUAAACUAUAUUUUUUAAAUAUAAUUAUUCUAAAGUCCUAAAAUAUAAAUUUUAUAAAUUACAUUAGAUUUUUUAUUUCAAAUAUUUAAUAAUUUAAUCUAAAACAAUAUUUUUUAUAUUAAUUUACCUCCUUUAACGAGCAAAAAUAUUUGCUCUUUAGCUAUCGGAGUUAGGAAGAAUUCCGUAAAUUUUGAAUAUUUUGAAUUGGAUCAUAUGAAUGACAAUAGCCAGAUUUAUGAUGCUUUACAAAAUAUGACGUCAAGGAAAUCCACUCCUUACAUUUUCAUUGGCGGGACUUAUUUUGGAGGCUUAAGAGAACUUCAAAAAAACAUUGACAAUGGGGAUUUCAAAGAAAGGCUCCGGCAUGUCUAUUAA